ACUCAACAGAGACUCCAUUGGUUUUGACUCUGGGAUAUAACCUGAAAAAACACCAGUCUCCGUUGAGCUCUGUAUUAGCGACGUCACGCAUCAGUCUAUCACUCGUUAAUCAAAGAAGCCGGUGCACCACACAUGUUCACAAUCCGCCCUCGGGGCCUAGUGAAUCACAAUGGGAUCACUGACAACCCUCCCCCGCAGCAAAGUAAACAUCUAACCACGCGGUCAAGCAUGGGAUAGCCUCCAGGGAAUAGACCACUCGUCAAUUCACUUGGCAAGUGUGAUUAGCAUUCCUCGGUAUUCCUCGGCCUGGACGCGGCAGCAGCUCGUGCCAAAUGAGCACCAAGCUCAAGGACAUCGAGAUCAGGACGUCGCGUGCCGCGUUCGACUCUCUCGCGACGCCCGAAACGCCCAAAGAUGGUUUCAAGUCGCCUAUGCUAGAGGAAGAGGAACUGACUCCUCAAGGCGCUUCACUCGGGGAAUUGCUCGUUAUUUCAAUGCCUCGUAUGGCUAUCCGAAUGGCAUGGGCAGCGCAAUGGGCGGCACUGGGCCCCUAUCUACAGACGAUGCUUCCUCGCUAUGCCGUGCAGUUGACACAGCUCAGCGGACCACUUAGCGGCGUCUUAAUGGCGCCAAUUGUCGGGGUGUAUUCCGACCAAAACAUGUCGAGGUUUGGACGUCGUCGACCGUACCUAGUUGCUUCGGCAGUAGGGAGUAUAAUCUGUUGGGUCCUUAUGGGCUACACACGAGAGUUGGGAGACGCUUUGGGCGAUGUCGGAUCUGGGAAACCCGGCGAAGUGACAGACCGCAAGUGGACUGCUCUACUCACAAUCUUCUUCUACCUGUGGAUGGACAUCACCGUCAACAUUGCACAAACUCCUGCGUUGUUAUUGAUCUCGGACUUUGCUGGUAAACGUCAAACUAUCGGCUCUGCGAUGGGUCAAGGAUGGUCGACACUUGGAGCGAUUGUUGUGGCAGCCUACACGGAAUUCUUUGGCGCAGCGUACAACUCUAUGCACUGGUUCUUGGGAAUGCUGUCUGUCUUUAUGGCUGUUUGUAUUGGAGCAUCAUGCUACGUGGCGAAGGAGAUUCCACAAGAACGGGUGGUGGAGAAGCGGGGCUGCUGCAAGAAUGUGGCCUACGCAUUUGGGUCGAUAUACGGUGCUGUGAAGACGCUUCCUGGAAUGCUGGUGGUCUACUGCAUUGUAAUUUUCCUGAAUCAAUACGCCUUCGCGGCCUACAACGGCAAUAAAGGAAUGUUCUUCGGUCUCGAGGUGUUUGAUGGAGACGCGACCAACUCUGCGACUUGUGGUGACGAGUGCUCAGAGGGGCAGCGGGACUAUAACCGAGGCGUUCGGCUUGCUGGAGGGCUCGCUGAUAUGCUGUUUUGCAUCGUGGGAUACUUGUACUCGUGGGUGCUUCCUCCUCUUGUGCGUCGCUUUGGGGCUCAAAAGAUUGCAACACUUGCAACAAUUCCCCAGGUUUUGCUGAUGUUGAUGGCAUUCUGUGACGUCGUGGCACUGGAUGUGAUCAUUGUGGCCCUCACGUCUAUCACUAUCAGCACGUUCUUCGCGUUGGUAGUACCGAUCAUCGUUCACAUAUUCGGCCAGACUGCUGAUAUUGGCGUGUAUGUGGGCGUCGUGAACUCCGCGAACUCGUUGGGGCAGCUGCUGAACUUUAUUGUUGGGUCGGCGUUGGUGGAAACCUCACUGGGCUACAGACUUCCUGUUUUCGUGGGCGGCGCUGUCAGUCUGCUGGCAUUCCUCGUCUGUCUCUUCUUCUUCAAGAUCAAGAUGAACUCCAUGUAAGCCGACAACUAUAAUUCGUGUAUUUUAUUGUGAACGUUAACGCAACGUUUCUUUUAAGUGAGAGUGUUUCGUAUCCGAUAGUUUGAAUACCAGGUUAUCUGUCAGUUGAAUAAUGUAAUCACUGGACGAGGUGGUACAUGACACUGUACAAUUCGUGAGAUAAGCUGGUAUGACGCUUAUUAAUACUUCUUGAAGAGCAAGUUCGCAAG